CUUGUCUUUGAAGCAACAUGCUGGUUCCUGUAGAGUGUAACGGAGUCAGCAAAUGGGUCAGGGUACCACAGGUGGAGGACGAGUACAAUUACUCCCAGUUUUUGCAAGCAGUGCUGGCAAAAUUCAAUUUGCCAGGUUCUGCUUCCUUGAGCCUGAAGGAUUCCUCUAACGUGGAAGUGGAUUCUGACAUAUUUGAUGAACUCUUGAAGUCAUCUGGGGUGUCUUUCAGGGCCGAAGAAUGUGAUGGUAGCAAUGCUGAGGUGGAGUUCUCAGAGGGCUCAUCUUUAUCAGACUGGUCACCAUCACCAUCACGUGCAUCCCAAGGGUCAUCAUCAUCAGGUUCUGACUCAACGCUGAUACUGGAAUCUACCAAAGCUCGGAAAAGACAGCUGGUUGAAGGACCCCUGGAUAGCAACGUUGCAAGAAAUAAUGUUAGAGUCGCUCUGUAUUCAAAGCCUGGUGGAAAAGAAAUAUUCAAAGAGUAUGAGAAAACAAGCACCAUCAGUGAUGUUACAAGAAGAAAGAUGGUAAACAUUCUUGUGGCAGAUAUGGUGGAGAGCCAUGGGAGGGUCCCUCCGGUGAAUGUGCGGAUCCUCUAUGCACUUGGGAUUACAACACUGUUCCCUAAAUUGAAGGACCCGGAUUCCCAGAAUGGCUAUGAACAUUUCUAUGAUCACCAGAGUGGUUCCGGCUACCUAGCGUGGAGGCUGAAAACUGUUCAGCGGAACUCUGCUCAAGACAGCAAAAAAUCCAGGACCAAUUUCCAAGAGGGCCCCAAGACUCCACGCAGUAUCCAUUCAGAUGAGAAGCAGUUGACUGGUGAUGAAUGCAGGGAAGCCAUAUCGGUGAUGAAACACUCAAGUAAUACGACCCUUGUCAAAAAUAAGAUGAAGGCAACAUUCCAGCACAGGCAAAAGGUGGUUCAAGACCCGGAUACUGCCUCUACUGUCCUGGAUCUCUUUCCCAGAUUCUUGGAUACACCUGGCUUGAUCGACCAAGACUUCACAAUGAUCUUUGGUGAGGAGGUGUCUGGUAAAUUCCUCUCCAAGUGGCCAACAUUUUUCAAACCAAGAGUCAUCGCAGAUUGCUGCAAGAAUCUAACCACGAGUCCGCAUGUGGAUGAGCUGCUUCUGGCUGCACAACAGGAGUCUGAUGAUAGUGUGUGGCAUUCUGAAGAGUGGGACUCUGAGAUGGCUGCCAUCCUUCUGCUGCUUCACCUCUUGCCUCCAACAGUUAAAGGCAAGAAGGCCGGCAAGAUGAGCGCAUCGGAGGCUGCUAGACGCCUGAUCAAGUUCAUGAAGGUGGGGUCAAGCAUGGAGACCUUCCUUAAAGAAACUGGCCCCAAACAACCCUUUCUUCUCGGUGUCGGAGAAAGAAGCAACAGCAUCCAGGAUUUUUAUGUCAUCCUGGACCAGAAGGCCAUUCCCUGCAGGAUGCAGACUCCAGUUGCUGCCUUUGAUGAGCUCUUCAAGGCACAUUAUGCUUUUGCCGUGUCGUAUGAUGAUGCGCUGUCCAGCUUCUUCAUCUUCAUCCAAACCACCGUGUAUGGCAUCGACGUUGGCAAAGUGAAAGAGAGUCCUCGGGUAAAAGAAAUCAGAGCAAGGGUUCUUCACUCUGAAGUUUGAAGACUGAUACAUUUU